AUGCCGAGUGGCAUGGAGGGCGAAAACGCCAAAAUUUCCCGAUUGAGAACCAUCUCCACCGUCCAAUUUGCGAUGGAUUUGCAAAGCUACGAAGAAAUACUCAUGACCCCGCGGACUGACGCAAACCCAUCAUUCGUCUUGCGCGCCGUCAAGGACGUUGUCAUUGAAGACCGUCCCAAGCCCGUCCUCAAAGAUCCCCACGAUGUUAUUGUGCAUGUCGCGCAAACCGGAAUCUGCGGUAGCGAUGUCCACUACUGGCAACGCGGCCGUAUCGGCGACUACAAGCUGACUGGCCCCAUGGUCUUGGGCCACGAAUCUGCCGGCGUUGUCGUCGAAACCGGCGACAAAGUCACCGACCUCAAGCCCGGCGACCGCGUCGCUAUGGAGCCCGGCGUACCUUGCCGACGAUGCGAGUACUGUCGCAAGGGCUCUUACCAUCUCUGCGGCGACAUGAUCUUCGCGGCCACUCCGCCCUGGGACGGCACUCUGGCUAAGUACUAUGUCAAUGCGGCGGAUUUCUGCUACAAGGUGCCCGACUCGAUGACCCUGGAGGACGCGGCGAUGGUCGAGCCGGUUUCUGUCGCAGCAGCUAUUGCAAAGACGGCUGGGUUGCGAGCACACCAGACUGUACUUGUGCUUGGUUGUGGCCCCAUCGGGGUUCUGUGCCAGGCUGUUGCGAAGGCGUAUGGCGCGAAGAUGGUCGUGGGCGUUGAUGUGGUGCAGUCGCGACUGGAUGUUGCUAAGUCUUAUGGCACCGACCAUGUUUACACUCCUACUCGUGCCGAGCCCGGCGCGGAUCCCAUGGAGCAUGCGGAGAAGGUGGCGCUACAGAUGAACAAGGAGCUGGGCCUUGGUGAUGGGGCUGAUGUUGUUCUUGAGUGUUCUGGUGCCGAGCCCUGUGUUCAGCUCGGUAUUUAUGCGGCUAAGCGCGGCGCUACAUUUGUACAGGCGGGAAUGGGUAAAGAGAACAUUGCCUUUCCCAUCACUGCCGUGUGCACUCGUGGCUUGAUUAUUAAGGGAUCUAUUCGCUAUCUUGCAGGCUGUUACCCUGCCGCCAUUGAUCUGAUUGCCAAGGGUCUGAUCGAUGUGAAGCGGUUGAUCACAAAUCGGUACAAGUUCGAGGACUCAGAGAAGGCAUUCGAGCUUGUCAAGGCAGGGCGGCAAGAUGUGUUUAAGGUGAUGAUCGCUGGCGUGGGCUACUGA